GUAACAUAGAAUUGAAUGCUCACAGUUAGUUAUAUAUUAUUCAAAAUUAUAACUUCAAUUUAUAGUGCUUAGCAAGGCUCAUAAUGGCAUUGCCUGAUCCUCUUGGAAGACCGGUUAUAGAAAUAAUAAGAGAUGUGGUACAGGACUUAAUUAGAGACACUGGCUACGGGGAAGGUCCAAGGAAUGCGCAACUGAGAAACAGAAUUGAGGCUCUUCUGCAUGCAUACUCUGGCCCAGAACUAAAUAACGGACAUGGGUCUGAUAUCGACUUCGGCGACCCACUUUUCCGGGCAUCGUAUGUAUAUUUAUACUGUACCGCCCAUUUCCAUGCAACGUUUCAUGGUAUGACUAAAUUCUAUGAGAAGCACCUGCUUAGAGAUUUUUUCAGUGUUAAGUUUAGAACAUCUAGCUUACGAGUUUGUGCACUAGGGGGCGGACCUGGAACUGACUUGUUUGGGUUGAUGAUGUUUCUUUUGCGUUUCACAGAUAAUGGCAAUAGGCCUAUUCGAGUGAAAGCUUCAAUUAUGGAUCAAUAUCCUGCUUGGGAGAACGCUUUUCUCGCGAUUUUAAAAAGAAUUCAUAAACAUCUCAACAUGGAAGUACGAUAUGUUGAAUUUGAUGUGAAUCGACAACUUGGAGAUGACGUCAGCAGAGAACUCUCAAACGCUAAACUUGUGACAAUGGUAAAGUUCAUAUCCGCUGUGCGCAUGUUACCGCGCGCGAAAGAUGUCCUCAUAAGCGCAAUGAAUUUACUAAAGCCAGACACAUUUAUAUUUUAUAUCGACAACUUUGAAGGAGGAAACACAGAAUUCGUCAAGGAAAUCGCUUCUCAGACCAACAUUGACAUUUGCUUUACAUUACCAUUCUCCUCAAAUUCACCCCUGUUGCUUCCUUUCAAUGAGGAUGCAAGAAUACUUGAUGAGCUAAGAGGUGAAAUAUUUAGAAGAGACUCGCAACGUCAACUACGUGUUCACAUAAUGCUACUAAAAAAGUGCAGGCGUACUACUAGACCUACACCUCGACAGCAUUCACCCAGCGCGUCUAGAGAAUUUGUUUGGGGGGUAACAAACCGGCAACACAGAGACGUAUGUUCCGAAGACAAUAGGGCAAGGGAAAGGCAUCCGUGUAGUAGAACAUUGUCUAAGCCUAGUAUCCCGCCUACUAGCCCUAGUAACAUUAAGCCUAGUAGUAACCUGCCUACUAGCCCUAGUAACAUUAAGCCUAGUAUCCCGCCUAUAGGCCUACAAUCUAGGAGCAGGCCAGGUGCAAGGAACUUGCUGUAUACAUUGUGUGCAUUGUGUUUUUGUGUGUGUAUUAUGUUGUUGGUUCUGGUUCUAGCCCAGAAGUAAAAUAUAACAGGAGAGGUCGACAUUGGAUCGAAAGAAUAACACGAGAUCGGCUUUGCAAAGAUGGGUUUAGAAAAGUAGAAUGAGCAAAAAUUAAACCUCAAAUAUAGAGAGAAGAUUGGUGUUAGGUAGUACAAUAUGAGUUGUAGCAAAAUAUCUUGUAAUUUUUAGUGUUUUGAAUCCCUUACCUAAUUUCUUCCAUGGUACUGGGGUAUUUCUAAGUAUAUAGAUUAGAAGGCUAAAUAAUGUCGCGAAUUGCAAUAAUCAAUAAUCUGGAAUAUUUUUGUAUAGACUUAUAGAUCAAGUCUGUGGUCGCCAUCAGGUCAUUUUUACUGUUUUGAAUACAAUUUUCUUAAAGAUAUUGAGGAGUUGAAAUCUGAACACAAAGCAAUACAAACUUCUUGUACAGUAGGCCUACAUGUAUACGAUGUGUUCCUUUUGGUCGUGUUUAAUGUUAAGGAAUUUUCUAGUGGGUUAAAUUUUAGU